AAAACAUUCGGAAGCCUGACAUAUACCUCCAUGGAAUUAGUGAGAUUCGUCAUGCCCAAAUAUUAAAUAUAAGAGACUCACUAUUUGAAGUUGUAGUUAUUGUGCAGUGGACACACAAAGAUUCCAGUGGACCAGUAGAAAAAUGAAUUCGAGCCUUCUUGCAUAUUUAGUGGCACUUGGCAACCUCCAGAGUCUGCAAACUUCUGAAGGUCCUAUAAAGAAUUUGGCUGUAAAGUUUGGAGAUUUGCAUAGCCUAAAGAGUGACUUACGAUCGAUGCCGGAAUUCAAUGUGGACAAAUUCAGAGAUUCCGGUUAUUACAGAGUCGGUGAUAUUGGCAAAUAUUUAUCUAGGAAUCUACGGGACUACAUAUACCAGGGUAGAGGACAGCCAAGCGACGAAGGCGUUAUUUUAACUAUUUACUAUGGUGAACCUUACAUUACUAAACAGGAUGAUAGCAGUUUGUCACUUUUAUUUCAUAAGGAGUCUAUUGGUGAUGAUGCGAAGACACGGCUGGAGAAUUACUUUGAUCACAAACAUCCGAAUAGACAACGCCGAUCUCUUGUGGAUAUAUUGAAAGUGUAAACGCUUUGAAUUCUAUCAGAAUUUGUUCAUUCAUAUAAAAGUAUUUUCAUAGAUAGUAGUUUUGAGUAGUUGGUAGAGAUCAUAUUAAAUAUUAUUAGAUUCACUAAAAAAUAAACUUCAUUUCAAAAUAACUUUA